AUGCUCAUGAGCAAGGCCCCCGGCCGGAAGCUCUCCACCUACGGCUGGGUCGACCACGCCUCGCAGAGCAAGCUCCCCGCCGCCAAGAGGCUCCGGGACAUCUCUGACAACGGUAGGAUCAAGGUCAUGCACCAGCUCGGUGCUCUCAGCAGCGAACUCGCACGCCACCGGUUCAGCAAGAUCGGCUCGCUUGUCCAGGACGGGUCUGGGUACUAUUCUAUCGAGGAGUGUCUCGCCCCGGGCCUCACCUGGCGAGGAAGGGAUUCGCUGGACAGGAUCGCCAGAGGGCCGUUUGACACAGAGAGCGAGUACCUCGACGCCCUCGUGACGGCGUACAGCCUUCACACAAAGAGGCUCGACAUGGGCUCGCGGAGCUUCUUCGCGCCUGUGCCCGACCCGGUUGAGUACGACAGCUACGACAAAUACAGGGACGCCUCGCUGCGGUGGAGCGACUACAUAGGUUUCGACAAGAAGGCGGAGCAGGGCAGCAACCGUCUGCAGUUCUGCAUAGCCGCCCAGCUCAUGCGCGACAUGAUCCCAAGCAUGAUCCGGCCGAGGACAUGUGACGAGAGCGGAGGCUUCCCGCUCGCCCACCCGGACCUGAAUUUCGACAACGUCUUCGUUGAUGACAAGCUGAACAUUUCAUGCAUCGUCAACUGGGGCGGGGCAUGUUCUGUGCCGGUGCCCGACGCCCUCGUCACACCAGGACCGCGCGACAUCGCACCGUACACAAUGGACACGCGCCUCAUAAUUGCCUUCCGGAACGGGUUUGAACAGGCGGCGGGCAUGGGACGGCCGUUUGACAAGCGGAUAUGGGAGCGCGCGGAUCAGAUGCUCUUCUUCCAGCGGCUCGUCCGCAUGCGAUCCAUGCGCGCAGUCUACGAUUUCGAGAAGCUCUUUGAGAUGGUGAACGGGCAGCCGAGGGACCGCCUCACGCUCUCCAACCUGCCGGAGCUCUUCGCCGAGGUGGCCGACACGGGGCCGGAGAACAAGCAGCUGAGGUACGAGCUCGAGAUGUUCGAGUGGUGCCAUAAGCAGGUGGACACGUACGUCCCAACGGGGCGCGGCAGCCGGACGAUCGAGAACAUCGACAGGGUGGCCGUGGCGCAGAAGCUGACCAUGAUGGCGGAGAUGAACAAGAAGUUCAUCGCGGACGGGAAGCUCUGGAGGUGGAUAGAGGCCGCGCUGGAGGGCCAGGGCGCGCCCCCGACGAGGAUAAUCGAGGAUGA